UUCAUGCAUUUUCUCUGCCCAGUACAACUUCAUCAAAAUUUCUGUUCUCAUUAGUAGAGAAUAAAGCAGUUAAUUUGAUCAAAUCACUACUUUUAAAUCUUUUUUAGGUAUUAUUGCAUUUUCACUUUUUUCACUUUACUUUUUAUGCUUUCCUCAGUCUCUACGCGGUCGAAAUCAAAAUGGCGGAUGAGAGUUUCGCAAACAGUGAAUUUUCUUAUGUUUUAGUCGGAAAUAUUCCUUCAAAAUUUCACUCUGUGGACCUGCGUUCGUUUUUUUCGCAGUUCAUUGAAUCGGGGAAGUUCGACUGCUUUCAUUUUCGCCAUAGACCCGAGGUUUUGAAGCGGAAAAACGAAAAUGGUGACAACUUUUUAGAUGCAACAUUGGAGUCAAUUAAAGGCAAGACAACGUGUUGUGUUGUUAGAUUAAAGGAGGAGAAUUUGAGAGAAUUACUUCAGGUUUACGACGGUGAAAAUUGGACAGAUAGACAUGGAAAAUUAGGCUCCCAAAAGGCUGUAAUUUCUAGGAUAACUAUCAAAAGUUCUGAAGGAUCAAGUGAUAUAUAUAAGACAAGGAAGGAAACAAGAAAUCACAAGAGAGAAAAAGUUGAAUUUGACAUGGAAGACUUGAUCAAACUCUCUGAGUUUCAUCCCCCGUCUUUCAUGCCAAAUGGCAAUGUCGGUACCACUUUAACAAGCUUCAUGAGUUUGAUCCGUUCAUGUCAAUUGCCGCCGCACAUAAUCAAGAAGUUGGGGCUUAGUUUUCCAAGCGGCCGUAGCAAGCGUUGUUAUGGCAAUGUGAGGUUUGAUUAUGCAAACAAUGCUAAUAAAAGUCGUUUCUCAAGAAAAAAAAAGGGAAAGUUAAAAGAAACUCUUAAUUCGAAAAGGGCAUUAAAUCAAUGUAACUCGUUAGGACCUUUGUUAGAAAACAGUAAUGAAGUAAUUAACCAAUCAUCACUAAGUGAUGCAACUUACACUGAGAAUAAGCAGAGUAAUGUGACCAGGACUAUAAGCAUUUCAUCAUUGGAAAAUGUUGCUGAUGAACAAAGUACUUCAUGUAAUGAAAAUGAGCCAUUAUCGGACACAGAUUCUGAGCCGGAAGAAGACUGGGAACGACAUGAAGCACUCCAUGAUGACGUGGACUCCCAAGGUCGGACAAAGGAGCGGCUGUUUGAGAAUAAGAUUGAACUGAAAUGGGAAAAGGGAGGAAGUGGGUUGGUGUUUUAUACUGAUGCAGCAUAUUGGGACAGUUUAAGUGGGGACUUUGAUGAGCAAACAGCUGAUGACUGGGACAUUGAUAUGGGGAUAUAUGAGAAGGAAGGCUAUGGUGACAGACAUGCAAAAGCUCUCAUGGACAUUAGACAUGCAGAACAAAGAGACUUGGAAGCUGAUCACAACGUGGAUAUCGGUAGUUUUGAAAAACACACCAAGGGGUUUGGUAGCAAAUUAAUGAAGGAGCAAGGUUGGACGAAAGGAUCCAGUUUAGGCAGUUCUCAAACUGGUAUAACCGAACCAAUUCCUAACGAAGGCCAAUUACCACAUUGUAAGACUGGACUCGGCUAUUAUGGGGAGAAAUUAGAACGACAUGUCAAAAGGCCUCGGGUUGACAAAGAGGUUGUUAUAUCAACCGUAUUUGAUAAUCAAGCUAAUGAGAAGGUUUCAACACCUUGGCAGUCUGCAGGUCCAUUCACAUUGAAAUAUAGAAGGAAGAUGCCAGAUUUUGUACAGCAGGUUGGCGGAGAUAAGACUUAGAGUAUCAUCAAGUAAAAAUAGUGGAUUUUUAUUGUGGAUAUAUAUACAAAAAUAAUCUAUAUAACAGAGUGUUUAAUAUAUAUAGGAUGCACUUUGUAUGCACAAAAUUGAAUAAGGUUAUUGCUUUCAACUUUCACUGAAGCUUUAGCCAUAGGAAGUUGGCACAAAACUAUCCCAGCUUGUCUAUCUAGUAUUUAUAAUACAAGGUAUACAUUUAUAUACAGUCAUCAUGUGUUUUUAUAAUCAAACACUAUCAUGUGUCUAACUGUUCCUCUAUGCUAUAUUCAGGACAGCUAACUGUGCUCACAUUUACUUCUUAUCAUAGACCAUAAAGAAUAACUCAG